CCAAAAUUCCCCCCUUCUCUUCAUCGCGAAUUUCUUCAAUUGAGACAAAGACAAAGCCACCAUCGGCCAAUUCGCCAAGAGCCCGAUGCGAUAAAUGACUGCCGAUGUAGGAGGACAGAAUAGGAAAUUCGAGUACCCAUACCUCCACUGGAAGCUUCAGGCUGUCAAUGGGGUUGACAGGUCCCUAAAAAGAUUGGGCUUACUGCGCCGCAAUGAUCGCUACAAGACUCCCUGUCCCGUCGCCUCCUCCUCUCUCCAAUGCCGUCUUUCCAGAGGUAGCCCACCCACUUUUUGUUCACCCGAAGGGACACGGACACAGAGAAACAUCCCACUUUCAACGUCACCUCGACGACUUCAUCUCGAUCAUCUCCGCCUCUUGAUAGAUCUCUCCUCGCAGCGGAACGAUAUAUUCAUCCAUGUCUGUGAUCUUGACACUCACAAGCUUCGUUGCGAGGUAACGAACGAUGCGGCGACGCAUUCUCAUCGUUAUCUCGAAGCUAAUCUGAGCCUGACUCCAUUCUCUAUCCAUUGAUCUUGAUUCGCGCCAGUCGAACAUGGCCGCCAAUUGGCAUUCCCUCCUCGCGAGAGCGUUUGAGCUACCAGUGGAGGGCGAUGACUCUCGGGUUGGUUCCACGCGAGAUGGUUCCAGUGGCGGUACUCUGAGCUCCAACAAUGCUUCAAAAUCGUCAUCGCUGCAAUCUCUUGGUGGAACAUUUAUACCCGUCAUCAUCUACUGUGUGGUUUGCAUCUUGUUCUUUUCGGUUUUUCGCGUGAAAUGCCAUCGAGUCUACUCUCCUCGAGCGAUACCCAGCUUGCGUUCCCCUCACACGCCCAUACCGCCACUUCCCAAUGGCUGGUUCAACUGGAUCAAGCCAUUCUUCAAAACACCGGAUACUUUCGUGCUUAAUCAUGGCUCUCUCGAUGGAUUCUUCUUUUUGCGAUACCUCAAGGUCCUGCGAAACACGUUCCUUGUGGGCAUGCUGAUUGCUUGGCCAAUUCUCUUUCCUGUCCACCUCACUGGAGGCAAGAAACUCACUCAAUUGGACAUGUUGACAAUUGGUAUGAUUGAGAACAAAAAGCGCAUGUUUGCCCAUGUCGCUGUUGCCUACUUGUUCUUUGGCUUUAUCCUCUUCACCGUUGUUCGAGAGUGCUUCUACUAUGUCGGCAUUCGUCAAGCUUACCUCUCGUCUCCUCAUUAUGCCAAGCGGCUAUCAUCCAGGACAGUACUCAUCACUUCUAUCCCUGAGCGAUACCUCGACGAAGCUCGGUUGCGGAAACUCUAUGGCGAUUCUGUAAAACGAGUCUGGAUCCCACGAACUGCCAAGGCUCUUGUCAAAUUGGUGGAGGAAAGAGAACAAACGGCAAGGCGCCUGGAAAAGGCAGAGAUUGCACUCAUCAAGAAGGCAAACAUAGCUCGAAAGAAGCAACUCGGCAAGAAUCCACCAUCAACUGCAUCCUCCGCCGAACCUUGCGCUGAACCAUCUUCUGGAGAUUCGAGUUCUUCAUGGAGAACUGAACCCAGCAGCGAGGAGCCCCGUACGAGCUCCCCGCGACGUGUCGAGACAUCGGAAACUCACGUACAAGAGAACGAGCAGGGAGGAAUCCAGGAGCACAAGUCUACACCUGAGGUAUCCGAAAGAACUAAGAUCAGCCACAACACCCACGAUAUACUCGAAAAGUCCGCCGAAGACCCCGAAUACGUCCACCCCUACGGGCUCAACCCAGAUCUCCCCGAUGUACGAGGAUCAGUCGCCGCUCAAUGGCUUUCCGUGACAGCCAGGCCCCACCACCGUCCACUGCACAACUUCUUUCGACGAGUCGACACUAUUCGAUGGUGUCGCAUGAAGCUGAAGGAAUUGAACCUCGAGAUCUUCAAGCUUCGACGUCAGGUUCGCCGUGGUGAUGGACAGACACUCCCUGCUGCAUUCAUCGAGUUCGAUACGCAGGAAGCUGCACAAGCUGCACACCAAGUCGUCGCUCAUCAUCGGCCUCUUCAGCUCGCUCCUCGUCUUUUGGGCGUUCGACCAAAUGAGGUGGUUUGGAGUGCUCUUCGCAUGCGCUGGUGGGAGCGCAUCAUUCGGCGUUUGCUCAUCAUGGCCCUCAUUGCCGUUGCAAUCAUCUUUUGGUCUAUCCCGUCUGCCAUGAUCGGUAUUGUGUCCAACAUCAAAUUUCUGAGUGGCAUCGUGUUCCUUAAAUGGAUCAAGCUAUUGCCCAGUCCUAUCCUUGGCUUCCUUCAAGGUUUCAUCCCUGCCAUCGCUCUGUCAUUCUGGAUGUCGCUUGUCCCCGCAAUGCUGAGAUUUUGUGGUGUCCAAGCAGGGAUUCCCUCUUUAGUACUGGUCGAAUUGUUCACCCAAAAGGUCUACUUUGCUUUCCAAGUAGUGCAAGUCUUUUUGAUCACGACAUUGACAUCGGCCGCUUCCGCUACGACCAUGCAGAUUAUCCAGCAACCAAUGUCGACGCCCAGUCUGCUCGCGACAAACCUCCCCAAGGCGUCAAACUUCUACCUGUCAUAUAUCCUUGUCCAAUGUCUGGCCAUUGGAGCUACCGGUCUCCUACACAUCUUCGAGCUGAUCCGACAUCACGCAUUCGGUAGAGUUGUGCAAAAUCCCAGAACUCGCUUCAAUGUUUGGUACAACCUUCGCCCUCCUCGCUGGGGUGGCAUCUUUCCCAUCUACACAAACAUGGCGUGCAUUGGUAAGUCGUGCAGCAAAUCAUCCCCUUCCAUGCUAACAUACCUAGCCUUCUCUUACACAGUUAUCGCUCCACUGAUCCUCCUCUUCGCAUGCGCCGGAAUGGCCUUUACGCGCCUCAUCUACCGAUACAACAUUCUUUACGUCUUCGACUCGGAAAUGGAUAGCAUGGGCUUGUUUUAUCCCACCGCCCUGAUGCAGCUCAUCACAGGACUUUACUUGGCCGAAAUCUGCAUGAUUGGUCUCUUUGCCAUCAAUUUUGCCUUCCCGCCUAUGGUGUUGAUGCUCAUCUUCCUGAUAUUCACUGUCAUCGUACACAUGUCCUUGAGAGACUCGAUAUCGCCUCUGCUGCAGAAUCUGCCACAAACAUUGGCAUUGGAGGAAGAACUACAGGAGCAAGAGAGAGCUGAAGCGGAGGCAAAGCUUCAAGCAGCCGCGGAGUCAGGAGAGGCCAGUGGCGGGACUGCUGCCAGUUACUUCGAUACGGAACAGAACUUUGGCGAAGAAGAAUUCGAGGACGUGCCGACAGAUGACGAAGACGAUCAACUACACGAGGGACCACAGAGCUCGAGGGCCGUUGAGGGCGCAGGUGGUCUGAGAUUGAUGGCCACUGAGUGGAUAAAGUCAAGCACUAAAGAGCAAUUGAAGAAAGAGGUGCAAGAGUCAGGAGUUAAGAAGUUCUUGGACAGAUGGAUUCUCCCCGGCGAUAGGUCGAACCCGGAUCAACCACCGUCCUUCAUCCAGCGAUUCUUCCACCCCGAGAUCUACGAAGACUUUAUCGCCUUGCGAAAACUAAUUCCCUUCGAAGAACUCGCCGACGCAGAUUACUCCGGAGACGAGAAGCUAUCUAAUUACUGGCCUCCUGAGCUCUGGAUGCAAAAACCCGUCUUGUGGAUCCCUCGCGACGAAGGCCGCGUCAGUCGCCAAGAAGUUGCACACACGAGAAAGAUUACGCCGAUCACAGAUGUCGGAGCUUCGCUGGACGAGAAGGGAUUGGUCGUCGUUGAUGUUGAGGCUGCGCCGUUUCCUAGGAUGAGACUGGUGCAUUGAGCGAGUAUGAUAUACGAUAGAUCUUGCCAUGAUACCCUCUUUUGCAUAUAAGCGUUGGAUAAUAUUGCACUCUAAUACAUUUACAAUACUGACGAUUUUGUUCCUGGUGUGCUGGUGACUUCGCCAUAGUAUGCCCUGUCGUUGGGUUCGCGACCGAGAAAGUUGCUGAGGCUUUUGAGCUCAGGUUGACUUCCUCCUGGUUGAAGAACAAGCUCGCGAUAUCGUAGACCAGUAGUCUUAUCCAUUGGAUCAGCUUUGAAGUGGCUAACCCAUACGUCGGUCGCAUACACCUUUGAUCUGCGACUCGUUAGCAACACCCCACGACUCUCGCCGUGAUGACUUACAAGGCAUAAGUAAAAUACGCAGCAUCGUACGCCCUGAACGGAUGCGCAAACGACGCCUGUCCGAUACUAUCCGCCCUUCCCAACCCCAUGAUCUCCGUCUUACUCUCAUUCCACAACCUCGUCGUAUCAACAGCCCCUCCCUCCCCAGCAUUAUGAAUCGUGAGAUCAAACAGCGCCAAAAACACCUGAUACAGCAUCGCAUGCGCACCAUUAACAUGUUUCGUCCUUGCAAUGUCCAGCGCCAACUUCUCCGGUAGCACCUCACCCGGCCUUUCACCCUCGUUCUUAGCGUUCCAGAACGUUAGGUACUCGGAGGAUAAGUACGAGUAGUGUUUGCCCAGGCGUUGGAGCACGGAGGGAACCCAGAUCCAGUUCUCGAGAAGAAUGCUGGGGAUCUCGACGAAAUCGCGCGCGCAGCCGUGUUGGUGGUUGGUGUGUGUCACGAGUUUGUGGAUUGCGUGGCCGAGUUCGUGAAACAUUGUCUUUAGCUCGGAGUGUAAGAGGAGAGUUGGCUGGGAGGGCGUGUGGAGGAGGGAUGUUAUUAGUGAUGAAGAGGGAUAAUGGCGUUUGUUCUCCGAUG